GGAGCGGGCAGCCACCGGCCCGGCCCCGUCCUUCCUCAGGCGCCUGUCGGCGGCCCCGGCGCGGCCCGGCUGCCCGAUGCUCCCGCCUCGGUUGCGGCGGGCCGGGCUGGACGGUUAGUGCCCGCCUCAGGCCCCGGAGACGCCCGCCGGGUGGGAGCGGCCCCCGCCCUGCGGACGCGGAGCGGCGUGCGGAGAGGCGGCGGCGGCGGCGAGGAGAAUGGGGGCCAACCAGUUAGUGGUGCUCAACGUGUACGACAUGUACUGGAUGAACGAAUACACCUCAUCCAUUGGGAUUGGAGUUUUUCAUUCAGGAAUCGAAGUGUAUGGCAGAGAAUUUGCUUAUGGUGGCCAUCCUUACUCUUUUUCUGGAAUAUUUGAAAUUUCCCCAGGAAAUGCUUCUGAACUAGGAGAAACAUUUAAAUUUAAAGAAGCUGUUGUUUUAGGGAGCACUGAUUUCCUAGAAGAUGAUAUAGAAAAAAUAGUAGAAGAACUGGGAAAAGAAUAUAAAGGCAAUGCCUAUCAUUUAAUGCAUAAAAACUGCAAUCACUUUUCUUCAGCUUUAUCAGAGAUUCUUUGUGGGAAAGAGAUUCCUCGCUGGAUCAAUCGACUUGCCUACUUCAGCUCCUGUAUACCCUUUCUCCAGAGUUGCCUCCCAAAGGAGUGGCUCACUCCUGCAGCCCUGCAGUCCAGUGUCAGCCAGGAGCUCCAGGAUGAGCUGGAAGAAGCAGAGGAUGCCGCUGCAUCCGCCGCUGUGGCGAGCACUGCCGCAGGCUCCAGACCCGGGCGCCACACUAAGCUAUAAGUGUCUCCAAAGUCACCUUCAAAACUGUCUCUGGCAGUUGAACAUCGUUAGAGAAAAGAAAACAGAGUAAGCAUCCUUUGGGUACUUUGUAUGCAAAGAUGGCUCUCCCCCAAUCCCAGUUUUUCAGCUCAGGAUUAUAUUUGUAAUCUUUAAAAAAAAAAAAGUAUAUAUAUAUAAUAUAUUAUAUAUAUAUAAUCUAUCUAUCCCUUGUGUAGGAGGGAGAACUUUCUAUGAAGCAAGCUACCCUCUGGUUUUUUACCCACUUGUAAAUUUGGAUUUACUUCUGUUUUAUACAAGCUCUGUUAAGUUAUGUUUACAGUAUUUUGUAUCGCUGUUUACAAAUCUUGCAUGGACUUCUGCCAUUGUAAAAGAAGAAAAUACUCAUCUUCAAAAAUGAGGCAGGUAAUUUCAUACACUUCCUGACAAUUGCCAGAGCAACAGCAUAAAUAAUAGGCACACAAAAAGUUCUACACAGAGUUCUAUCACCUGCUUAAGAAUUGUCUUUUAGAUUUGUAUUAGCAUUGUUGGCAAUCAGAUGCAGAGAACCAAACUGGCCUGAUAGGUAGGAACACACGGCCCCAAGGUCUUAGGACUCCAGCUGGGCCCUUCCGUUUCUGAGUAGCACAUCUCCCAGGUGCCCAUGGGACAGUUGCUUUCAUCCCACAUAGCUGUCCACCUAGGCUGGUGAUACUCUCCUGUCUGCCUAGCUUGAUGCCUUUGAUUCAAAAAAAUCAAGAUUUCCAUUGAAGACAUUCUUGUAACUGACGAGUGUUUUUGCACAUGUGCUAGGGAAGGAACUCCAUUUUUAAUAGCAAAUAAUUUCUUCCUCACACAAGAUUUCAUUGAUGGGAUAGGAAUGACCUAAGUAGUAGCCUUCUGAGUAGCAGUAUGAAUUGACAUCAACUGCUUUUAACUCUUCAGACUACCUUUUAUACUAGUCCUCAGAAACUAUAGCUAAUGAAACACCACCAGAUAGGUAAUUCUUUGGUACUUCAUACUUUUUAGGUUCCAUGCCAGAAACAGUAUGUCAGAAUUGUUAGUGAUGGGGGGUAGGCUCCCCUUGUAAUAGAAAGCUUAUUCUUACUGACUUCUUGUUGAAAAAAAAGUCAUAUUUAUGUGUCUUUAAAUUCAUCUUUUUAUAUCCCCUCAAAUGUAUGUCUCUUACCUAACAUACUCUUGAGAUGGAAGUUG